GUUCCAAAGGAAAAUGCCUUUUUAAUGAAAAUCUUUAAUCUUCUUUGGUCUAUCACACUUAUUGAUUGGUUCGCUUGUCUUAUUGCAUCAGUUGUCUUCGCUGCCGGUGGUGCUUGGGCCCUUUUAUACUUUGCGGUUCCAUAUUGUUAUUUAGGAAUUAUAACAUUUAUAUAUGGUUGGAGGACUUCUGAUACUUUCGAUCAAGGAUUACGUGAAUAUGUUGGUCUACAAAUUCGCAAACAUCACGGAAUGAGUUUAAGAAUCGAUAGUAUUCCAACUUUCCGACCUAAUACAAUCAAAAAACCCGAAAGUGCUGUUCUUUCUUAG